UUCAGCUUCAGCCCCGCGGAGCUCCGGAUCCCCCCGUGCUGGAUCAGUGAUAAUAAUCAGUGAGGAUGAGUGCUGGUGGUUCUCAUGAAGAACUGAAGCAGGAGAAGCAGGAGAAGCAGAACACAGUGAGUGAUGAAGCGGAGAAAGACUGGCAGGCGGCCAAGAGCUUCUACGACAACCUGAAAACUAAAAGACCUCGACCGCCGAAGCCGAACACCGCCAUCACGGUGGCCGUAUCGUCUCGUACGCUGUUCGACAUGGCGGAGGAGAGGAAGCUGUACGAGGAGAAAGGACUGGAGCAGUACGUGGCCUACAAUCAACAAAACGAGAACAAACCUCUCAAACCUGGAGCAGCGUUCCCCUUCGUCAAGGCGCUGAUGAGGGUGAACACCCAUCUGAGGGAGCUCUACCCCGAGAGUGAGGAACUCUUCGAUAUCGUACUCAUGACUAAUAACCACGCCCAGGUGGGGGUGCGGCUCAUCAACAGCAUCAAUCACUACGAUCUGACCAUCGAGAGGUUCUGCAUGACGGGGGGUAAAAGUCCAGUUGGUUACCUGAAGGCCUACAUGACCAACCUGUACCUGUCCAAAGAUUCAGAGAAGGUGAAGGAGGCCAUUGAGGCGGGAAUCGCGGCCGCCACCCUCUUCACCCCGGAUCAGGAAAUGGUUCUGAGUGAAUCUCAGCUGCGAGUGGCGUUCGAUGGAGACGCCGUGAUCUUCUCGGACGAGUCUGAGAUCAUCGUGAAGCAGCACGGACUCGACGAGUUCUUCAUCCACGAGCAGAAGAACGAGGACACGCCCCUUGCUCAGGGGCCGCUGAAGUGCUUCCUGGAGGCGCUGGGGAAGCUGCAGAGGAAGUUCUACGAGAAGAACGAGCGGAUGCGGUGCCCCAUCCGAACCUACCUGGUGACGGCACGCAGCGCGGCCAGCUCCGGGGCCCGCGUCCUCAAAACCCUGCGCAGCUGGGGCCUGGAGAUCGACGAGGCGCUGUUCCUGGCCGGGGCCCCCAAAGGGCCCCUGCUGCAGAAGAUCAAGCCUCACAUCUUCUUCGACGACCAGAUGUUCCACAUCGAGGGGGCCAGGGAGACGGGGACGAUCGCCGCCCACGUGCCCUACGGGAUCGGGCAGAAGUACCACAAGGGGAAACUGAUCGAGCAGCCGGAGAAGCAGAAGUGACCGGUCAAAAGUAUUCGGACGCCCCUUUAGAUUACUGAACUAGCGCUACGGGUCGUGUCGUGGCAGCCGGCGGCACCGGAAACAUCUCACGGAAAACAGGACGCUA